UUUACGAUGUACGUUUGGGAGCACUAUAUACUGUUGUGCAUGGCAGCUGCCUGUGUUCAGCCGAUUUUCAGUAUAAAAGUAUCAUUCGAACGGUUUGAGCAGUAUUUUGGCGAUGAGUAUAUGCAUUUCGAUCUUCGCGUUCGCAAGUACAAUCGUACUGAAAUGACACUCAACGGGACGAUCUUUGUGAAUCAACCGGUGGAUGAUACGAUUAUGUUUGCCAGUGACAUAUUUCUCAGUCGUCUCGGAAAUCAACAGUUUCAACACUACCCGCUACACCUGCCCACGAGUGGGCUUUGUGAAUUUAAAAACCAUUUGCAUGAGGAGUAUCCUUCGACAAUUGCAGGUAUUGCAAAUAUGCCGAAAAUCGGCGAAUGCCCAUUUACUCCGCGAGCUAUGCACAUUCAGGACAAAACCUUCCCAACGGAGGUACUUCCCGAUUCACUGUCGAACGGUUUGUGGAAGUUGGUGAUCUCCGGUAUAUUAGAUGAAAAGAUAGUGUUGCGAUACAUGAUAAGCGUUCGCCUAAAUGAUGAUUAUUUGAGUUUUUAA